AUGGCUUGGGAGUAUUUUGGUGCACAGUAAUUUUAAAUGGUACUAAUCAUUUAAUAUUUGGGAUACAUGACAGUUCUGUAUUUGUGCAGUAAUACAGAUGUUUUAUCAUGCAUGUGUGUCAUGCAAAUAGGAUAGACUUUAUAUUUUGAGAGUGAAUUCAAAAAUAGACGGCUAAUAAUAUUGUUUUCGGUAGGGGCAGAUCUUCUUGUGCUACUUUUGUUCAAGAAUAGUAAUAUUAGUCAGAUUUAUUUACCUUGCGUAUCCAUAGUAAUAAAGACUAUGACAUAAUUGAUCAACUCUGCUUAAGUAAAUGAACACCCUAACUCCAAUAAGGAAAAUUUGAUCGUGGAGAGUAAUCAUCAAUCUAUUUAUAAAAUGACGAAGGAUCGCAAUUGUCAUUCUGAUAGUAUGCCCACAACUCCAAAAACUGAUCUUUAUUAGGUGGAAUUACUGAGCUUUUUUCCUUAAGGGAUUGCGCUGGUUGCAUUAAAUGAUGAUAUUUAGUUUUGUAAUGAGAAUAUGAAAAAGAUAUUUGUGUAAGGAGAAAAUCAACAAUCAAUUCUCUAAGCAAUAUAUAGUUUGGAAGAACAAUAGAUUGUGGAAUAGGCAGAAAAAUAAUCAAUGGAACAACAACCCAAAUAAUCGAUGAGUUCGUUUUCAACAUUUCAACCUGUACCUAUACCGAAGACUUUAUUUGAAAAUGUAGCAAGAUCUCAAAACAAGUCAUCAGGAACAGUGAUUCAAAAGUAAUUGAAAGAAAUGCCAUUGACAAGAGCCAAAACAUAAUAGAAGAAGGAAACUAUUAAAAUAGAGGAUACAUUUAUUUCUGAUAGUUGUGUAAGUGAUCAUCACUAUUAUAUAGGUGAUUGAGUAAGAGAUUCAGUGUAUGAAGAAGUAGAUUCAAAGAAAGGAGGUUUAGAAUUUGAUGAAGUCUACUCAUGUGUAAGAACACAUAGUUGUGUUGGGGUAUAUUCGAUCAGAGAAACUAAAAAGGAGACAAAUAGAAAUUAAGUUGUAUUCUACCUUUAUGAAUGAUUGUCCUUANAAAAGUUUGAAUUUCUAUAAAAUUAUAUGUAGUUUGUAUGAAUAUUAAUAUUGGCCAUGAUUCUUCUACAAAUGUAGUUUUCGUGAUAAUGGAUUUAAAAAAUCUGGAAACAUGAUUGUAAAGGGUAAUUGUAUUUAAUUUAUGAAUGGUAAUAAUGGUGUUUUGAAAGAGCAUAGAGUUAUUUGAGAUAAUUAAUUAAUAUGGGAAAAUUGUGGAACUUAAUUAAAUCUCAGCUUCUUAUACUUAUAAUGAGUUUGCUUUUAAUUCUUCAGUGCAUAUUUGGCUCUGAAGAAUACUACUAUUUGUUUGUGGUGUUAGUAUUAUAAAUUACUCGUAUGGCUUGGGAGUAUUUUGGUGCACAGUAAUUUUAAAUGGUACUAAUCAUUUAAUAUUUGGGAUACAUGACAGUUCUGUAUUUGUGCAGUAAUACAGAUGUUUUAUCAUGCAUGUGUGUCAUGCAAAUAGGAUAGACUUUAUAUUUUGAGAGUGAAUUCAAAAAUAGACGGCUAAUAAUAUUGUUUUCGGUAGGGGCAGAUCUUCUUGUGCUACUUUUGUUCAAGAAUAGUAAUAUUAGUCAGAUUUAUUUACCUUGCGUAUCCAUAGUAAUAAAGACUAUGACAUAAUUGAUCAACUCUGCUUAAGUAAAUGAACACCCUAACUCCAAUAAGGAAAAUUUGAUCGUGGAGAGUAAUCAUCAAUCUAUUUAUAAAAUGACGAAGGAUCGCAAUUGUCAUUCUGAUAGUAUGCCCACAACUCCAAAAACUGAUCUUUAUUAGGUGGAAUUACUGAGCUUUUUUCCUUAAGGGAUUGCGCUGGUUGCAUUAAAUGAUGAUAUUUAGUUUUGUAAUGAGAAUAUGAAAAAGAUAUUUGUGUAAGGAGAAAAUCAACAAUCAAUUCUCUAAGCAAUAUAUAGUUUGGAAGAACAAUAGAUUGUGGAAUAGGCAGAAAAAUAAUCAAUGGAACAACAACCCAAAUAAUCGAUGAGUUCGUUUUCAACAUUUCAACCUGUACCUAUACCGAAGACUUUAUUUGAAAAUGUAGCAAGAUCUCAAAACAAGUCAUCAGGAACAGUGAUUCAAAAGUAAUUGAAAGAAAUGCCAUUGACAAGAGCCAAAACAUAAUAGAAGAAGGAAACUAUUAAAAUAGAGGAUACAUUUAUUUCUGAUAGUUGUGUAAGUGAUCAUCACUAUUAUAUAGGUGAUUGAGUAAGAGAUUCAGUGUAUGAAGAAGUAGAUUCAAAGAAAGGAGGUUUAGAAUUUGAUGAAGUCUACUCAUGUGUAAGAACACAUAGUUGUGUUGGGGUAUAUUCGAUCAGAGAAACUAAAAAGGAGACAAAUAGAAAUUAAGUUGUAUUCUACCUUUAUGAAUGAUUGUCCUUACAUUCUCAUAGUUGCACGAGAUAUCACUCAUAGAGAUUAUAUUCGAUCAUUAAAGAAUUACUGUAAUUAGAAAUCCAAGAUGUUGGCUUUUGUGAGUCAUGAAUUCAGAACUCCCUUGAAUUGUAUUAUCGAUUAACUGAAUGAGAGUUUGAGAGAGGAUUGCAGAAAUGCAUCAGAAACUAUCUUCUGUGAGAAGGAUAGGGAGAGUCAAAAGUCAGUGAGAAUUGCUUUGCAUACAGUCAAAUAACUGCUGAAUCUUUCUGAUGAUCUCCUUGAUUUGGCAUAAAUUAGAGCAGAUAAAUUUAAGGCUGUGAAACAAAAGUUUAACUUAAAGAAUAUGUUGAAGAGUUGUCUUGAUUUAUUCUCAGCCACUGCUGAAAAGUAAUAGAUAGUCUUGACUUUGAAUUACAAUGCACAUGUUCCGAAGAUCAUUGAAUAGGAUUCCAACAGGAUCAAAUAAAUAAUUAUGAAUUUAAUUGGAAAUGCAUUCAAAUUCACUGCAAAAGGUAACAUUACUUUAGAGGUUACCUAAGGGUAAGAUAGAAAGAGGAUCACUAUUUCUGUGGCAGACACUGGUAUUGGAAUUUCUGAUGAAGAUAAAGUUAAAUUAUUUAAAGCUUUUGCAAAAAGUAAUAGUGAGGAGAGUAAGAAGAUGAAUGCAUAAGGUGUUGGAUUGGGAUUAUUGAUCAGCAAUUAAAUCUUAUAAAAUCUUAAUGGAGAUGCUUAAAAUGGAUUAAAGGUUCAUUCUCAAUUAAAUAAGGGGUCUACAUUUUAUUUUUCGAUUUAAAUUUGUGAUGUACAAGAAAGCUUUUCACUUCAUGAAAUGGAAGAACGGAAUCAAGAGAGUGAAAAUUCCGAAUAAAACUCUUUGGCUAUUCCAGAUGAUGAUUACCCUCAAAAAUUGAAAGUGAUUACAAAAAAGAUGAAUAUCAAGGCAUCAACUAAGGCUUCAAUUGGAGAUCCAAAGAUACUGAUUGUGGAUGAUGUGCAAUUAAAUGUAGAGAUGAUUGCACGUAUGAUAAAAGAUACGGCUGUAGAUUGGGCCUUGAAUGGAUAUCAAGCCAUACAGAAAUGCAAGGAAAGAAUCGAACACAAUUAAGAGUUGUAUAAGGUUAUACUUAUGGAUUUGGAGAUGCCAAUCAUGAAUGGAUUCUAGGUGUCUCAGGCUAUCUUUUCUUUAUGUGCUGAAUUGGGAGCGUCUACAACGAUUAUUGGGUGUUCGGCUUAUGACUCAGAAGAGUAGAUGCAAGAAUGUUUGAAGGUGGGGAUGACGGAGUAUCUACAUAAGCCUGUGAAAUAGAAGGCACUUAAACAAAUCUUAUUUAAGUAUCUAUGA